AUGAAGAGGCGUUUGUAUCGAGGUGGCUUUCCCACCCACCCCACACCCUGUGCGUCUGCACGGCUUCUGCAUGGCCUCUACAUAUCCCCACCCCCAUACAACCCACCACCCUCCCAACUCUUGCAGAAUGAGAUGAUAGUGCUGGGGCGGCUGUCCCACUCCCAUGGCUACUGCAUGGAUCGCAUCCAACCCACCCAUCUUCCCAACUCCACUCCUCCAACCCUUCUCAAUCCCUCUCAUGCAGAAAGAGCUCUCUCCACUCAGCUCUCUCCCCUCUCUGCUCGUGUGCGAGUUCGUGACGGGGGGCUGCUUGCACCUCUCUGCUCUCACCCUCCUCUCUGCGUUUCUGCUCUCUCUACCUUUCCUGCUGCCCUCCCUCUCUGCCUGCCCUCUACUCCCGUUUCCCCAACGUCCCGCCUUCCCAUUCCUCAAUACAGGCUCUAUGACCCCUCUUUCCCCGCCUCCCGCCCUCCCUCCACCCACCAGGUGCGAGCGGAGAGCUCUUCUUCAGCUGGAACAUGCGCUUCCCUCCCACUCAGUGCGAGCGGAGAGCUGUUCUUCAGCUGGAACAUGCGACUCAAGGUGGCGGUGCAGGUGGCAGAGGCGCUGGCGUACAUGCACGGACUCAACUUCAUUCACCGCGACCUGAAAGCGGCUAACGUGCUGCUGUCACCGGACUACGAUGCGAAGCUGACAGACUUUGGGAUGGUGCGAGUGGGGCCGGAGGGGCAGCUGGAGUCGAUUGUGUCAACUCGCAUCAUGGGCACAGAGGGGUACAUCGACCCCACUUACAUGGAGACAGGUCACCUGGGAGCCAAGAGCGACGUCUACUCCUUUGGUGUUCUCCUGCUAGAGCUGGUAACCGGCAGGAGAGUGGUGGACGAGGGGAGCAAGAUGGUCACCGAGUGCAGAACUCGCCUCUCCGAUCUCUCACUUAAAGCCGCAGAAUAUGUCGAUCCCCAUCUUGGUAACCAGUACCCGGAGCUGGGCGCCCGAACCUUGGCGACUCUGGCUCGGCAUUGCGUGGCAGAGGCUCGGUCGAGCCGGCCGGACAUUGGGAGCGUAUUGGAAAAGCUGAAGUUAUUGGUUGAGGCGUGUGCAAAUGCUGAAGCGAAAGCGGCAGCUAAAGCUGCAGCGUUGGAGGCAGGGGAAUCAGGGUCGGCUGAAAGGGGGGAUACGGAGGUGAAUGGGGGUGAAGAGGGGUCGUCAGCAGCUGUGGCACCAGUACAGGUUACUGGUUGA